AUGCUCGAGAAGCACAGCGAGUGCCGUCUCGAGAUGAACUGCGGCAAGCGACAGCUGGUCGAGCUGGAGAAGGUCAUUCGGUCGGUGCACCCCUUCGAGGAGCCUGCUUGGGAGGCAUACCCGCUCGCCGACAUUCCGUCAUCCACCACCGGCUCGGGUCGCGUGCGAGUUCUCAGCGAGGCCGUGGAGCUGCGCGCUCUCAUCGACCGAGUCAAAGCGAUGCUCAAUCUCAAGACUGUGCGGCUGGCGGUCUCCCCCAAGCACUCUCUGCAGAGCGCCGUGAAGAGGGUGGCCAUGUGCGCCGGCUCUGGCGGCUCCGUGGUCAAGUCCGCCCGGGCAGACGUGUACCUUACGGGCGAAAUGAGUCAUCACGAGGUUCUCGAUGCGUUGGCCAAGGGGACGUCCGUCAUUCUGUGUGAGCACACCAACACGGAAAGGGGCUACUUGCCGGUCUUCAAGACUAUGCUCGAGGAGAAGCUGCAGGGCAAGAUUGACGUCCACAUCGCCACCACCGACGCCGACCCCUUGACUGUGGUAUGA